CACAAUGGUCCCUGAGCCCUGGGUUCAUUGCCCUCUGUUGCAUGAGGGAGCUUCGUUGAUGAGAGUUGAGAGAUGCAUUAGUAUUUUUUCUACCCUUCGUUCUGGAUGUGCCAUGAGUCUUAGGUGUAGAGGUUCCAUUGUAGAUGUGUCAUUUAGGGCUGGGCAUUUCACAGACAACUCUGUGUGUGACCAGUUGUGAAAGUCUAUAAUAAUCUUCUUUUGUUGCAAAAGAUCCCUCAGCCUCACCUACUGCCCACAUCAGCCUCUGCUAGUGCCACCUCAUAUUGCCGCCCAAGCUGUGGCAGGUGCCAGGGCUGCACUCACUGUCUGUGCUGCAGCCCAACAUGGCAUUGCACAUGAGGCCGGCCACCAGCACUGUCACAGGUCUGGGGCUUUCCUCUAGGACUCCAGCUGUAUGUUGGAAUCAACCCCCAGGACUGGCAUGGCACCAGUACCUAUCCAUACCCAUUACCACCAGCCAGAGUCACCUCAUGCCCCACCCUCAUCUUGGAGCUCACCAGGCCCCCACCCCACUAUCAAGACAAUCUGGGGCCACAGCCUGCUUGCGCCACCCGCCCCGCCAAGUUUUAAUGCAGCCCCAAAAAAGAUCAAGGCAGAGAACCCUAGGGUCCUCCUGUUUUCGUUGUCACCUAUGCCAUCCUGGACUCUGGUGAGAACUCCAAGGACGGCAAGACAUACAAGUGUAAGGUAUUUCCCAGUCAUCUUUUUCACCAAGUCUGAGUGCAAAUCCACUCCAAGUCACACACAGAGGCUAAGUCCCACAAGUGCCCUCACUGCCCCAAGUCCUUCGCCAAAAUCUCCUACCUGGCCCAGCACCUGCGCAUCCACCUGGGUGUGCUGCCCUACCACUGCUCCUACCAUAAUAAGUCUUUCCUACAGCUCUUCCACACCCAGCAGCACACCAGAAUCCAUAUUGGUGACAGACUGUACAAGUGCCCAUAUCCUGACUGCAGAAGGCUUUCACUCAGUUCUCCAACCUCCAGUUUCACCAACUCCAGCACAAAGACAAGUUCUAAAAGUGUCUCAGCUGCUCCCCAGCCUACUGAGACUUGCCUCCCCCCAGAUUUACCUCUUGGCCCACGCCAUCAAACAUGCCAAGGCCUACUGCUGUAGCACGUGUGAGCUGGCCUAUACUUCCGAGACCUACCUGAUGAAGCAUAUGUCCAAACGCACAAUGGUGGAGCACCUAGUGAAUCAUCGCUCUCCCCAGAGGACCGAGUCUCCAGGCGUGCCAGUGCCAGUUACUCUCGUCUGAGCCCACCUGUGGUUCCGCCCCACCUGGCCCACUUGGCAGCA